AUGUACCCUUCCGCCAAUAAAGGGCCAAAAAGCACUCUAAAAAUAACAGGCAUUAUACAACUGAAGAUUUCUGAACUACAUAAUAGCAUAAAUGAAUAUACAUUUGAGAAGCCCACCCCAGACUAUGAUUUGCGUAGACUUUACCACAUGUCACAAAAACUAGAUAUUUGUUGCAAAAGUCUUUCAGUUAUAGAAAAACUGUGUGAAGAAAAGAACUUAAAGAGAAAAACCAUUACUAAAAGAAAAAAGAGAACUGUUUACAAACGUCUUAAUCUCGAGACAUGGUCAGAUGCAAAAUGCAAGAUUGAGUUUUGUAUUACUCUUCCAGAGACUUUUCACAAUUUUGUAAUUGACAUCAAUGUCAAGUGCAUUAAGUUUUUAUGUCAAACACUGGGUUAUCAAGUUGACAUCUAG